UUUCCUUUUCCUUCCCCACUUGUUUCUUUGUCUAUAAAUACAAAAUUUGCCAUAAAUUUGCUUCUGUCUCUGUGUGUGACACAGAACACAGCAAGAAACUCAAAUUUCGAAUUUGAAAUUUGAAACAUAUAUAUAUAGAGAGAGAGAUGGGUGUUGAAGAAGGGUUGGCUGAUGACUACACACAAGAUGGAACUGUGGAUCUUAAGGGCAACCCAGUUCGUCGCUCCAAAAGAGGUGGAUGGAGAGCUUGCUGCUUUAUUGUUGUGUAUGAAGUGUUUGAAAGGAUGGCAUUUUAUGGGAUAUCUUCAAAUUUACUAAUAUAUUUGACAAAUAGACUGCACCAAGGCACAGUGACUGCAGCCAAUAAUGUAACCAAUUGGGUUGGGGCUGUGUGGAUGACUCCUGUGUUGGGUGCUUAUGUUGCUGAUGCCUAUCUUGGUCGAUUUUGGACCUUCAUUGUUGCCUCUAUUAUUUACUUAUCGGGCAUGUCGCUUCUAACAAUGGCCGUCUCACUCCCAACCCUAAGACCGCCGCCGUGUGCCCAACCGACCUCCGGUCAUUGCGAAAGGGCCUCCACAUUGCAACUCGCUGUCUACUUUGGCGCACUCUACAUCCUUGCCCUCGGCACGGGUGGAACAAAGCCGAAUAUAUCGACGAUCGGUGCCGAUCAAUUCGACGACUUCCAUCCAAAAGAGAAGAAGCAAAAGCUCUCCUUUUUCAACUGGUGGAUGUUCAGCAUUUUCUUUGGCACCCUUUUUGCUAACAUAAUUCUUGUUUACAUUCAAGACAACAUUGGCUGGACCCUUGGUUAUGGCCUUCCCACUCUUGGUCUUGCCGUUUCUAUCGGUAUUUUUGUCGCCGGAAUUCCGUUCUACCGCCAUAAGGUUCCGGCAGGAAGUCCGUUUACUCGGAUGGCCAAGGUUCUCGUCGCUGCUGUAAAGAAGCGGAAACUGCCACUGCCCAGGGAGGCUAAGGAAUUGUAUGAGUUGGAUUUGGAGGAGUAUACGAAGAAGAGGAAGUUUAGGAUGGAAGCCACUCCCUCUUUGAGCUUCCUCAACAAAGCUUCAGUAAAAACUGGUUCAACUCAUCCAUGGCGGCUGUGCACCGUAACAGAAGUGGAAGAAACAAAGCAAAUGAUCAGAAUGAUUCCAAUUCUCUUUGCAACUUUUGUCCCAAGCAUCAUGUUGGCUCAAGUCAACACACUGUUCAUAAAACAGGGCACCACUCUGGAUCGAAAAAUCGGCAAAUUUAACAUCCCGCCUGCCAGCUUGAGCGGUUUCGUCACCGUUUCAUUGCUCAUAAGCGUCGUACUUUACGACCGAGUCUUCGUCAAAAUCAUGAGGAAAUUCACCAAAAAUCCAAGGGGAAUCACUCUGCUUCAGCGGAUGGGAAUUGGUAUUGUCCUCCAUAUGUUGAUCAUGGUUGUUUGUUCUCUCGUUGAACGGCAUCGGUUGGCGGUCGCCAGAGAGCACGGUGUUGUUCAGAGUGGCGGCCAAGUUCCAUUGAGUAUCUUCAUUUUGCUGCCGCAGUUUAUUCUCAUGGGGACUGCCGAUGCUUUCAUGGAGGUCUCCAAGAUUGAGUUCUUUUAUGACCAGGCACCAGAGAGCAUGAAGAGUCUAGGGACUUCUUACUCGACGACAGCAAUCGGGACGGGGAAUUUCCUCAGUAGCUUCCUUCUAUCGACGGUUUCUGACCUUACCAGCCGGCAUGGGCGAAAAGGGUGGAUCUUGAACAACCUGAAUGCAUCUCAUCUUGACUAUUACUAUGGCUUUUUUGCCAUUCUCAACUUCUUAAACUUCAUCUUCUUCCUUGUGGUUUCAAGGUAUUAUGUAUACAAAGCUGAAGUUUCAGACUCCAUAAGAUUGCUCACUGAAGAACUGAAGGAGAAGACACCAUCUAAAGAAUCAAACAACCCACAUUGAUUAAAGAGCCUUCCAAUGACUUAAUUAUGUGUAAUCUUAUGGAUUCUGUUUUUUAUUUUCCAAAAAAAAAAAGAAGAAAUAAUCAGUUUAUAGUUUUGCAAAUUUUCCUUCUAAUUUGCAUAGGUUUGUUAUGUAAUAUAAUCGCUAAAUUAGUUAAUCCAUGCAAAAGUAAAUCUUAUUUUA